UGCAAUCAUUCACAUUGCACAAUCACUCACUGUUAAUAAUUGAUAUUAGAUAUUAUGUUUAAUUAAAUUUAAAACAAGUUAUUACUUAUUAGUUGUAGAAAAAGUUGUUCUAAUAAAUUAAAAUAAUGUCGAAAAUAUUUACUCCUACUAAUCAGAUUAGAUUAACAAACGUAGCCGUUGUGCGUAUGAAAAAAGGCGGCAAACGUUUCGAAAUAGCAUGUUAUAAAAAUAAGGUCGUUUCGUGGAGGAAUGGGAUAGAGAAAGAUAUAGAUGAAGUUUUACAAACGCAUACAGUAUUCACUAAUGUCUCUAAAGGACAGGCAGCCAAAAAAGAAGACUUACAAAAGAUAUUCGAAACUGAUGAUGUGACUAAAGUUUGUAAGCAUAUAUUAGAAAAAGGAGAAUUACAAAUAUCUGAUAAAGAAAGAUCAGCACAGUUGGAUGCAUCGUUUAAGGAUAUCGCCACAAUUGUAGCUGAUAAGUGUGUUAAUCCUGAAACAAAAAGACCGUAUUCAGUAACAAUGGUAGAAAAAGCUAUGAAAGACGUGCAUUAUUCAGUAAAACCUAAUAGAAAUUCAAAACAACAAGCUCUCGAAGUCAUACAGUUAAUAAAGUCUGUACUUCCAAUAGACAGAGCAAUGAUGAGACUUAAAGUUGAAUCAUCGAGUAAAGAAGCAAAGAAAUUUAAAGACAAGUUCUCUGCGUUGGCAUCAUCUGUCGAGUCUGUCAGUAUGGAAUCUGGAGAACUCUCAAUGGUUUUACUCAUCGAUCCCGGUAUUUACAGGCAGUUGGAUGAACUUAUACGGUCAGAUCCAAAGGGUACAACUUACAUGGAGGUUUUGAGCUUAAAAGAAAUUGUUGAAGGAGAUACAUUGUUGGAUUAAAUUAGUUAAUUAUAUUUUCCCGUGAAAUGUAAUAAUACUAUUUAA